AUGAAUCCCUCUCAGCGAUACGAGACUUCAAAGAAGGGAGGAUGGUGCAUCAAUUGCCUACGCAAGGGGCAUCGCGCGGCUCAAUGCACUUCUGGAAAUUGUCGUAAUUGCAGCCAGAGACAUCACACUCUCUUACACUUCGAUAAGCCGAACGUCGGCAACUCUAACGUCCUGGACACUGCCUUAUCCCCAUCGCCUAGUAGUCCUAGCAUCAAUUUGCACGCACACGUAUCCUCCGAGGCAGUGCUGGCUACCGCGCUAGUAGACCUCAUAAAUAGUCAGGGAAAAACGAAAACUUGUCGGGUAUUUUUAGACGCUGGGUCUCAAGCCCACUUCAUCACAGAAAGUGCUGCCCAAUUUUUAAAUUUGGAGCUCAAGUCUGUAAACAUUGCAGUUUUUGGACUGGAUGAUUUAUCUACCACUAUCAAACAUUCGACCACUGCGGUAAUUAAAUCUCGUCACAACAAAUAUCAAAAAACCGUAGAAUUUCUGGUCAUACCCCGAAUCAAUACAACAAUGCCUUCCAUUCCUAUCAAUCCUGCGCUUCUGGGGAUUCCGAAGAAUAUUCCUUUAGCUGAUCCAGAAUUCUUCAGGCCAUCUACGGUCGAUGCUCUCAUUGGUGUCAAAUUAUUCUAUAAGCUUCUUAGCGUUGGUCAAAUUGCUCUGAAAAAUCAUCCCAAUGCAGUUCUUCAAAAAACGCAGCUGGGAUGGAUAGUUGCAGGUGAGAUCGACAAUCAAUCCACGGCGCAAAAUAUAGUGUGCCAUCUAAGCAUCCGUGCGUCCUCAUCGGAUCUCGAUCUCUCUCGGUUUUGGAAACUCGAAGAAGUUCCAUCCAACAGGGUCUUUUCUCCUGAAGAGAGCGCCUGUGAGAAACAUUAUAAACUCCACACUACGAGGGAUAACUCAGGUCGAUAUGUCGUCAGAUUACCGUUUAAUCAUAAAAUACAUAGACUCGAAGAAUCUUAUUCGUCAGCAUUAAGACGAUUGUACUCACUGGAAGCUCGUUUCCAGAAAAAUCAAGAUCUCAAGCGUGAUUAUUCAGGCUUUUUAGCUGAAUAUCUAGAUUUGAAGCACAUGUCUCUGUCAAAAGACCAAGAGAGCACCUCUUCUGGCUUUUACCUUCCUCACCACGCCGUAUUUAAGCACGACAGCUUGACGACGAAACUUCGUGUAGUUUUUGAUGGUUCUGCAAAGACCUCCACUGGUAUCUCCUUAAAUGACACGCUGAUGGUUGGUCCAAAGCUCCAAGAUGACCUAUUGGUCACUCUAACGCGUUACCGCUCUCAUGUCUACGCUCUCACAGCAGACGUGGAGAAAAUGUAUCGUCAGGUUCGUGUUCAUCCUGAUGACGCUAUCUAUCAAAAGAUUCUCUUUCGAGAAAAUCCUCAUGCGCCUACUCUCAUGUACGUGCUCGAUACCGUAACUUACGGAACUGCAAGUGCUUCUUACUUGGCAAUUCGAUCCUUGCAGCAAUUAGCUGAGGACGAAGGCAGUCCUUAUCCACUCACAUCUGUAACAGGGCGAAUUAUAAAUUUUUGA